AUGGCAACCUCCAUGAUCUAUGAUGUGUUGCGAAACUCCUCCCCUCCAUGCGUGACCAGUGCCGAUACUCUGGUGAAUAUGCGCAAAGUGACCCAUCAGACCAUAAGCGAGGAGCUCUCCAAAACCGUUCUCCUCCCCUGCCUCUUCACCCUCCGCCCCAGCACAUCCCAUGAACCGCCCAGGAUCAAGUGGACCAAGGUCUGGGGCCAAAGGGGCUCUGACGGCCUGCAGAAGGAACAGUCCGUCCUGGUGGCCAAGGACAAUGUGGUCAAGGUGAAGAAGGCCUUCCAAGGUCGUGUAACGUUGCCUGGUUACAACAUCAAUCGCUACAAUGCCAGUCUUGCUCUGACUGGGCUGCGUUCCAGUGACUCUGGGUUGUAUCGCUGUGAGGUCGUGGUGGGCAUCAAUGAUGAGCAGGACACAGUUCCCCUGGAGGUCACAGGUGUGGUGUUUCACUACCGGGCCCCUCACGACCGCUACGCUCUGACCUUCACCGACGCCAAGAGGGUGUGCGUGGAGAACUCGGCGGUCAUCGCAACACCAGGCCAGCUGCAGGCUACCUUCGCGGACGGCUACGACAACUGUGAUGCUGGCUGGCUGUCAGACCAGACUGUCCGGUAUCCCAUCCAGUCGCCUCGGCCAGGCUGCUAUGGCGACCGCGAGGACUCACCUGGAGUCCGUAACUACGGCAAUAGGGCCCCCGAUGAGCUGUUUGAUGUUUACUGCUUUGCUGAGCAGCUUCAAGGCGAGGUCUUCCACUCCACGGUACCUGAGAGGCUGAGCCUGGCCACGGCCUCCACCCACUGCCACUCCCUGGGGGCCCAGCUGGCCACUGUCGGGCAGCUCUACCUCGCCUGGCAGGCUGGUGUGGACCAGUGUGACCCCGGCUGGCUGGCGGACGGCAGUGUCCGCUACCCCAUCAACGUCCCACGGAAGAACUGCGGCGGGGACGAGCCGGGGGUGCGGACCGUCUACAAUAACCCAAACCGCACCGGUUUCCCCGAAACCACAGCGCUGUUCGACGCCUACUGCUACCGAGCACGUCAGCCUGCAGGGAUCCAGACUGCAGAGGUUCAGGCUUUGCACCAGACCGUCAACGAGGCUGCACAGGCCACCUCCUCAGUCAAUGAAGCCCAGCACACUUCCCCUUUCCCCAAGACUUCCACCUGGACCGGCCUGGUCAACCUGGACAAAGCGGGAGUGGGCUCUAUCGCCGGGAUCGACAACUCCUCUGAGAUCUCUGAGGAGCAUGUCGUCAUCCACUUGAGGCCUGAGGUGGAAUGGAAAGACAGACAGGAUGUUACAGGAAGCAGCCAGGAGAAUGAUCCUCAGAUUAGCACAAACACCUUGGGCCUUUCUGACCUUGAGAGCACAGAGAGUCAUGGAGUCUCUGCCCACGAAGAAGAAGACGGCGGCUUUUUGGGAUCUGACAACCCAAGAUUAUCCUCCACAGCCUCUUCAACUCCACAGUCUCAAACCACUAACAGUGUGCUGGCCAAGUUUGUGAACACUCUUAUGAGACCCUUAAGGCACUGGGCUGGACGUGGGGAGGGUGAGAAGAUGGAGAAGGGACUUUCAGUGCCUGAGGAAAACGUAGGAGAGAACCAGACGCAGGGUGAAGCAUCCAGCCGAAACCUCAGUGUGCCCAACGCCGUCAGAAACAAGGGCAAGGUGGACAACGCCAUCACAGAGCAGAGAGGCAGGUUCUUUCCCUUCAGGGCUCCUGUCAGUCGACAGUCGAGUACAGCAGAAGGUCUGUCAGAGCAGGAGAGAGAGGUGAUGCCAUUGUUUCGAUUAGUGCCUGCAGUCAAAAAGGCAGGGCAUACCCAGACCAGCACCCAGGCAGGAGAACGAGCUUCCAGCACGUCUGCAGAUGCCCCCCUGUCCACUGCUCAUGGAUCCACUGCAUCAAGACCCAAUGAGGGAUCACCUCCCAGUGGACAUGUCAACAUAUCCGUCCCUCAGGGACCCCGAGGAGCUCCAGCUUUUGCACCAGACCCCAGCAGGCACUUUCAGUGGGUCAUUGAGUCCAUGCGUGUCUCUAAAGCAGGACCCCGUGGAAAUGUGGCCUACGCGGGUAAACCACUAACCUGGGGGCCCAUGGAAGCCAAAGCAGGGCCCCUUGAGGUUAUGACCCUUCCCACGUCCUUUCGACAAGACAACCAAGAAAAUUAUUCAGGAGAGGGAAGGGAUAAGGACGUAGAGGAAGCCACACCCCCAUCAGCUGGUCAAACAGUGUCAGAGGAGGAGAGGGAGAUGGAGGGGAGCGGAGAAGGAAGCAGGUUUCCUGGUGGGUUUGGAGUGAAAGUCAACAAUAUGAGCAGCGGUGGUGGCAGACCGAGCCUUGAAACAGAGUCCUCGCUCAGCCAGAGUGAGCUUGUGACUGUGUCUGAGCUCACCACCUUGUCCCAGUGGCAGCCAGUGGAUCAGCCCACUACCUCCCCUCAUUCUCAGAAGGCAAACACAGCAGAGGAGGCCAUAGGGGGGGUGUUCUACGUCCGCCGGCCCACUAAAAACCUCUCCUCAGCCUCCUCACACAGAGGGAAAGAUACGUCAAACUCAGGAUUUGCUCCUGUUUUUAGGAUGAAUAGCAAAGACACUAACAGAGAGGAGGAGACUUACACAGCCGAGGCCUUGAUGGAGGUGCUGACGACCUCUGCAGUGACCAUACCGGAGCUUCUGAUGACCAUACGCACUCAAAGGACAGAUGCUACAACAACAGACAAUCCCUCUCACAGCUCCCCAACAGAUGAGCCAUCUAUUUCCAUUUCAUGGGUUCUGGAGGACAAAACAAGUACACCCAACAUUCAGGAUGAUCGAGCCACUCCAGCCCCUAGUAUGGGAUCUCAAACGACUACAGGAGUCCUUCAGUUGGCUACUCUUGCGGCCGACUCCAAAGCUGGCGCCACAGAAAUGGAGUCCAGGUCUGCAGUGUCUGAUUCUUUCAUCGUGGGCAGUCGGUGGACACCUUUCAAAGGAGUGGGCCAAAAAUCCGAGGAACACAAGGCCAAGGAGACGACAGACAAGAAAGACAGAAGCAACCCCUUCGGCAUCCUCAUACCCAACUGGGCCUUUGGUCUCAUCCCUUCAGAGGAGAAUAACCCGUGCCAGACCAACCCCUGUCUCCACGGAGGGAGCUGCCUGCAGGAAGGCGACGGCUAUAGCUGCUACUGCCCUCAGGGCUUCUCUGGGGAGAGCUGCGAGAUCGACAUUGACGACUGCCAGUCUAAUCCAUGCCAGAAUGGAGGAACCUGCAUCGAUGAGAUCAACUCCUUUGUGUGUCUUUGUCUGCCCAGCUACGGAGGAGCUACUUGCGAGAAAGACACAGAGGGCUGCGAGCACACGUGGAGGAAGUUCCACGGCCACUGCUACAGGUACUUCAGCCGCAGACACACCUGGGAGGAUGCCGAGAAGGACUGCAGGGAGCACAGCGGCCACCUGGCCAGCAUCCACAGCCUGGCCGAGCAGAACUUCAUCAGAGGUCUGAGCCACGACAAUACCUGGAUCGGUUUAAAUGAUCGAACAGUGGAGGACGACUUUCAGUGGACCGACAAGAUGGACCUGCAAUAUGAGAACUGGCGUGAAAACCAGCCAGACAACUUCUUCGCUGGAGGAGAGGACUGCGUGGUGAUGAUAUCUCAUGAGAAUGGCAAAUGGAACGACGUGCCCUGCAACUACAACCUGCCCUACGUCUGCAAGAAGGGAACAGUGCUUUGUGGAGCCCCUCCCCCUGUGGAUAACGCCUUCCUGAUUGGUCGGAAGCGUUCCCACUACGACAUCCACUCCGUUGUGCGCUACCAGUGCGCCGACGGCUUCCUGCAGCGCCACGUGCCCACUGCUAAGUGCCGUGCCAAUGGCAAAUGGGACCGACCCAAAAUCAUCUGCAUAAAAUCCCGGCGAGCCCACCGCUACCGGCGCCACCACCACAAGGGCAGGAGGGAGCGCAGGAAGCACAAGAGGCACGGCCACAGAGAGGGGGGCCACCACGGAGGGGAGGCGGGCCAGGGCCACACCCACGUCCACUUCUGA